UUUGCAAGCUCAGCAUUAAUACCAUAGAUCGAACCAGAAGUGAAUGGUACUUCCAUUCUGCAAAGCGAAAACGAGCUCCGCGAUCGGAGAUGUCUGCCGCUCCAGCUACGGUGGGAACAUUCUCCAUCCGCACGCGCUGUGGGAGGCGGCCGAUCCCAUCUUUCCGGUGCUCCCUGGCCGGCGGAGUGACGACGGUGCCGAUCUUGACGGAACUAAAGAUGAAGUGUGCCACGCCGCUUCCCUUGCUCCAACGCAUCGCCGACGCAAUGGCAUCGGAUAUGAGAGCAGGUUUAGCAGCCGAUAAUGGAAGUGAUCUGAAGAUGAUCCUUAGCUAUGUUGAUUCCCUUCCCACCGGGAAUGAGAAGGGUCUAUUUUAUGCAUUGGAUCUUGGAGGUACUAAUUUUCGGGUGGUGAGGGUGCAGCUAGGAGGUAAGCAAAACAAAGUUGUUGAUUCUGAGUUUGAGCAGGUAUCAAUUCCACAGGAGCUAAUGCAAGGAACCACUGAGGAACUGUUCAACUUUAUUGCAUCUAAACUAGCAAAUUUUGCUGCGAAAGAAAGUGGGAAAUUUCAGCUGCCCAAGGGAAGGACGAGGGAGAUAGGUUUUACAUUUUCUUUUCCAAUAAAACAAACUUCCAUUAAUUCAGGCAUUCUCAUCAAGUGGACAAAAGGAUUUGCAGUCUUGGGGACGGCAGGGAAAGAUGUGGUUGCUUGUUUAAAAGAAGCAAUGCAGAGGCAGGGUCUAGAUAUGUCGGUAUCUGCCUUGGUUAAUGAUGCGGUGGCAACAUUAGCUGGGGCGAAAUACUGGGAUGAUGAUGUCCUGAUUGCUGUAAUAUUAGGUACAGGUACCAAUGCUUGCUACAUUGAGCGAAAGGAUGCCAUCCCUAAGCUGCAGUGGCCAGCAGGAGGAACCAGAAACAUGAUUAUCAGCACUGAAUGGGGAGCAUUCACUACGGAUCUUCCGUUGACUGAAUUUGACAAGGAUAUGGAUUCUGAAAGUAUAAAUCCUGGAGAGCAGAUAUUUGAGAAGACAAUAUCUGGGAUGUACCUUGGUGAGAUAGUACGACGAGUACUCCUAAAGAUGGCGAGUUUUUCAUCCCUUUUUGGUGAUUCUAUUCCUGAAAAGCUCUUAAUUCCGUUAGUACUAAGGACCAGGGAUCAGGAAAGAAGAUUGGAUUUGCUAAGGACUCCGGAUCUUUGUGCCAUGCAGCAGGAUGACACCAAAGAUUUAAGUAAAGUGGAAGAAAUCUUGAGCAAUACCAUUGGUGAAACAAGGUCUACACUGAAAGCUAGGAGGAUUGUAGUUGACGUUUGUGACACAAUCGUGAAGCGGGGCGGAAGAUUGGCUGGGGCUGGAAUUGUGGGAAUUCUGCAGAAGAUGGAACAAGAUUCAAAGGGGCUGAUUUCUGGGAAGCGAACUGUGGUCGCCAUGGAUGGAGGACUCUAUGAACAUUAUCCUCAGUAUAGAAACUACCUUAAAGAUGCUGUUGCAGAGUUACUUGGUGCUGAAGUCUCGAAGAAUAUAGUCAUCGAGCAUACCAAAGAUGGCUCUGGAAUUGGAGCAGCUUUAUUAGCAGCAGCAAAUUCAAAGUACGCUUCUGAGUUCCAAAUUUGAGUUCUCAACACGUUAAUAUUCUCAGGUAUUGAUCGGGAUUCCUAGGAGCCAUCAAUUUAGCUAAACAAUGCAGCUAACUUUUUUGUGCUAUGUUGCUGUCCAGUUUCUCACUGCAUGAAUUUUGUUCGAGCUUGCAUGAGUUUUGGCCAAAAGAAAUACUUGAAGUAUUUUGUCUUAUAAAAUUUUACAAACAAAUAAUAGUAUUUAUAUUUAUUUU